AGAUUCUGCUUUAUUACAAAAUACUGGGAAGUGGUGGGAGACAUAAGAAUCCAGAAAUCCUGCCACGAUGAUCCACAGUCUAUUCCUCGUUAACGCAUCGGGGGACAUCUUUCUGGAGAAGCACUGGAAGAGUGUGGUCAGCCGAUCUGUAUGUGACUACUUCUUCGAGGCCCUGGAGCGCGCCACGGAACCGGAGAACGUACCUCCGGUGAUCCCGACGCCGCAUCACUACCUCAUCAACGUGCUCCGCCAUCGCAUCUACUUCGUGGCCGUGAUACAGAGCGAGGUGCCGCCGCUGUUUGUCAUCGAGUUCCUCCAUCGUGUGGUCGACACCUUUCAGGACUAUUUUGGGGUGUGCACAGAGGCUGCUAUUAAAGACAAUGUAGUUGUAGUCUAUGAGCUGCUGGAGGAGAUGCUGGAUAAUGGCUUCCCCCUGGCCACCGAAUCAAACAUCCUAAAAGAGCUCAUUAAACCUCCUACCAUCCUGCGCACAGUGGUCAACACCAUCACAGGAAGUACUAAUGUUGGUGAGCAGCUUCCUACAGGUCAGCUAUCAGUGGUACCGUGGCGGAGAACAGGUGUUAAAUAUACCAACAACGAAGCUUAUUUCGAUGUGGUGGAAGAAAUCGAUGCUAUCAUUGACAAAUCAGGUUCAACCAUCACAGCUGAGAUACAGGGAGUGAUAGACGCAUGUGUGAAACUCACAGGGAUGCCAGAUCUCACCCUGUCGUUUAUGAAUCCUCGACUCUUGGAUGAUGUCAGCUUCCAUCCCUGUGUGCGGUUCAAGCGUUGGGAGGCUGAGCGAAUUUUGUCUUUUAUCCCACCAGACGGCAACUUCCGCCUCCUGUCCUACCACGUCAGCUCACAGAACCUGGUGGCGAUCCCAGUGUACGUCAAGCACAACAUCAGCUUUAGAGAAGGCAGUUCUCAGGGCCGUUUCGAGCUCACCCUCGGCCCAAAGCAGACCAUGGGUAAGGUGGUGGAAGCAGUUCUGGUGAGCAGUCAGCUGCCGCGGGGCGUCCUCAAUGCCAACCUCAACCCUUCACAGGGCACUUACACUUUUGACCCUGUCACAAAGCUUUUGUCAUGGGAUGUGGGGAAGAUAAACCCUCAGAAACUGCCGAGUUUAAAAGGGUCCAUGAGUCUUCAGGCUGGAGCCUCCAAACCUGAUGAGAACCCCACAAUCAACAUCCAGUUCAAGAUUCAACAGCUGGCCAUUUCAGGUCUGAAAGUAAAUAGGUUGGACAUGUAUGGCGAGAAGUACAAACCUUUCAAAGGCAUCAAAUACAUGACCAAGGCGGGCAAAUUUCAAGUGCGAACCUAGACGACGACUUUCAGCUUCCAUUCCGUAGUUAAUAAAAUUGGUUGGGGACAACGAAGAAAGAGGGAACAGGUUUGAGUAAUGUCCUUUGGAAUGCAUUUCAGGAUUAAUUCAGGAAAUAAAUGCUUAGACUGUCCUCCUUUCUGGGAGAGUAUGACUCCUGGUGAGGUAAAUAUUGGUAUUAACACUAUCAGAUGUGCUGUUACAUGUCCGCCCAGGUUAAAGUGACAGUAACUGAUUCUACGUCUCUUUUUUUUUUUUUAUUACUUUGACCUUUUUAUUGUCAGUUUUCGCAAUCUAAAACACUUUAGUCUCGUUUCUUCAUAGGCUUGAACUCUGCUGUUGUGUAUCGUUCUGUGCUGUCCUCCUCUGAGAUGUGAGGCGGGCAGAACAGACUUAUAUUACCAUUACAGACUGGUUUUGGCCUCCGUCCCCAAUGAUUGUGUGCAAAGUAAACCAUUUUCAAAUGGUUUAACACUGAAGCUUUUGAGUGCUUGUUUACUGUAGUAUUUUGACAGUAUAAAUCUGCGUUGUUUGAUUGUUAUUAAAGAUUUUCUUUAUGGUAUUUAUUAUUGCGUACCUGACCAUACCCAAACUAUUUGAAGCAUAACUGACCAAAACAAAUGCUGUACAUGAUACUUGAUUGUCCCGUGUCAGUUGUUUUACACCAGAAUGCAACAUGCUUUUAAAAAAGAUGGACUUGAAGCCAAGUACUACACCCGUCCACUCAUGUAAAGUGUAGUUUUUAGACAAUUAAUUAUGAUUUGUUUACUUAAGGAUACAGAAUGAAAUACAAGAAUAUAAUCAUGUUUUGAUUUUAGCUACUAUAGUUGUUGUUUUUUUUCUUUCCUCCAUGCUGUUUUUCAGAUGAAAACAAACUGUUUACAGUACUAUGAAAUAAUAAAUACACAGAAAACAUUCUGUUUGGGUGUGUGCAAAUGAAUUUGUGAUUAAAAUGAGUUAAGUAUGUUUUAGUAA